AUGUCGUCGAUACCGUCGGCGGAGGAGCCCAUCGCCAUCAUUGGAUCAUCCUGCAGAUUCCCAGGCGGCUGCGACUCUCCCUCGAAGCUUUGGGAGUUGCUACGAGAGCCACGUGACGUGGUGAAGGCGUUCGACGCGAAGCGCUUCAACCUGUCGCGGUUCUACCACCCCAACGGCGAGACGCACGGGGCCACGGACGUCAAGGGAAAGUCGUACCUCUUGGAAGAAGACAACCGUGUGUUCGAUGCGGGCUUCUUCGCCAUCAGUCCGAUGGAAGCGGCUGGUAUGGACCCUCAGCAGCGGCUCCUGCUCGAGACAACGUACGAGGCGUGUGAGAGCGCGGGCGUGACGCUGGAGCAGCUCAGGGGAUCUCUGACCUCUGUGCACGUGGGGGUCAUGACCAACGACUACGCAAUCAUCCAAGCGCGCGAUACGGAGACGCUGCCCAAGUACAACGCCACCGGCACUGCCAACAGCAUCCUCUCCAACCGGGUGUCGUACGUGUUCGAUCUCAAGGGCGCUUCGGCGACCAUCGACACGGCAUGCUCUAGCUCCCUCGUCGCGCUCCACCACGCGGUGCAGGGCCUUCGGAGCGGCGAUAGCACCAUGGCAGUGGUUGGUGGCACCAACCUGAUACUGGAGCCGACGCCUUACAUUGCCGAGUCGAAGCUGCACAUGCUGUCGCCAGACUCGCAGAGCCGCAUGUGGGACAAGACGGCCAAUGGAUACGCGCGGGGUGAGGGCAUCGCGUCGCUGCUGCUGAAGCCACUGGGUGCGGCGCAGCGAGACGGCGACCCGAUCCAGGGCGUGAUUCGCGCCACCGGAGUCAACUCGGACGGACUCAGCCCGGGCAUCACGAUGCCGUUUGCGCCGUCGCAAGCGACACUGAUCCGGCACGUCUAUCGCCGGGCAGGGCUCGACCCGUUGCGCGACCCGCCGCAAUACUUUGAAUGCCAUGGCACAGGCACGCAGGCGGGAGACCCCGUCGAGGCGCGAGCCGUGUUCGAGGCCUUUUAUCGCGAUGGAGAGACGGGGGAAGCGAAGAAGGAGGCGCAGACGUUGCACGUUGGGUCUGUCAAAACGGUGAUUGGACACCUGGAGGGUUGCGCUGGCCUGGCGGGGGUCAUCAAGGUGCUCCUCGCGCUCAAGCACCGCACGAUACCGCCAAACAUGCACUUCAACGAGCUCAACCCCAAGAUCGCGCCCUACUACGGCGAGGGCGCGCUAGUGAUCCCGACGCGGGCGCUGCCGUGGCCCCAGCCGCCGGCAGGGAGCCCGAUGCGGGCUAGCGUCAACAGCUUUGGGUUCGGCGGCACCAAUGCGCACGCCAUCAUCGAGAGCGCGCCAGAGCUGCCGAACGCAGGCGCGAGUCCACAGACGGGCGAGGGCGGCGGGGCGCCGGUAGGGCCGCUGCUCCUGUCGGCCAGCUCCGGCCCAGCCCUGUUGCGCAGCGUGCAGGCGCACGUGGCGCAUCUGCAGGCGGACCAGGAGGUGUCGCUGGGCGACGUGAGCUGGGUGCUGCAGACGCGGCGGACGACGCACCGCGUGCGGGCGUGCUUCGCGGGGGCGACGCGGCAAGACGUGGUGGCGUCGAUGGAGCAGUUUGUGCAGCGGCACGCCAAGGCGGGCGCGCAGGGCGGAGCGAUCGGUCACGUGCCGCGGCUGGUGCAGCCCAAGGAGGCGCCGGGCACGCUGGGCGUCUUCACGGGGCAGGGGGCGCAGUGGGCGACGAUGGGCCGCGAGCUGGUGCAGGCCAGCCCGCUGUUCCGGCAGAGCCUGGAGGCGUGCGAGGCGGUGCUGCGCGACGAGCUGCUGCCGGGCGACGCGCCGGGGUGGUCGCUGGUGGAGGAGCUCGCCAAGGACCAGGCGAGGUCGCGGCUGGGCGAGGCGGCGGUGGCGCAGCCGGUGUGCACGGCGCUGCAGGUGGCGCUGGUGGACCUGCUCGCGGCGGCGGGGGUGCAGCUGGACGCGGUCGUGGGCCACUCGUCGGGCGAGAUCGCGGCGACGUACGCGGCGGGCAUCAUCUCGCGGCGGGCGGCGAUGCAGAUCGCCUUCUACCGCGGCCACUACGCGCCGCUGUGUGGCGGGCGCGAGGGCCAGCGAGGCGGGAUGCUGGCCGUCGGGCUCGGCAUGGAGGCGGCCGCGCGCUUCUGCCGCCAGCCCGCGUACGAGGGCCGGGUGGUGGUGGCGGCCAGCAACAGCCCGGCGAGCUGCACGCUGUCGGGCGACGUCGACGCCGUGCGCGCGGCCAAGCGGCAGCUCGACGGCGAGGGCACGUUUGCGCGCCAGCUGCUCGUCGACACGGCGUACCACUCGCAUCACGUGCAGGCGUGUGCGGGCCCCUAUCUGCGCGCGCUCGCGGCCUGCGACAUCGCCGUCGCCCGGCCGCGCGCCGGCUGCGUGUGGAACUCGAGCGUGCGCGGCGACACCCGCCUGCUGCGGCGCGGCGGCGACCUGGGCGCGCUCAAGGGCCCCUACUGGGCCGCCAACAUGCUGCAGACGGUCAAGUUCUCGCACGCCGUCGAGUCGUCCAUCUGCCACGGCGGGCCCUGGGACCUGGCGCUCGAGAUCGGCCCGCACGCGGCGCUCAAGGGCCCCACCGAGCAGACGCUCAAGGCCGCGUACGGCGCCGCUCCCCCGUACGCCUCGCUGCUGCAGCGCAACGCCAGCGACGUCGCCGCCUUCCAAGCCGCCGUCGGCCUCGUCUUCCACCAGGCCAGCUUCCAGGCCAGCUUCCACCAGCCCAGCUUCCAGCCCCCGCCCGCCCUCGUCGCCCAGCUGCCGCGCUACGGCUGGGACCACGACAAGGUCUACUGGCGCGAGUCGCGCACCUCGGCCCGCCACCGCACCAGCCCCCACGCCGGCCACGAGCUGCUGGGCCGCCGCGUCGCCGACGACAACGAGCGCGAGCUGCGCUGGCGCAACGUCCUGCGCCUGGACGAGAUCCCCUGGCUGCGCGGCCACAGCGUGCUGGGCCAGGUCCUGCUCCCCGGCGCCGCCUACGUCUCCCUCGCUGCCGAGGCGGCCCAGGCGCUGGCUGCCAUGGUCGCGCCGGGCCUGCCGGUGCGCCAGAUCGCGGUCGACGACGUGAAUCUGCUCCGUCCGCUGGUCGUGCCGGAGACCAAGGACGGCGUCGAGACCCUGUUCACCGUCCACGUGCUUUCUGCCGACCACGCCCGCCCCCUCGCCAACUCGCCCGCACCGGGCCGUCCCGCCGUGCGCGCCCGCUUUGCCUACUACGUGUGCCAGAACGAGGCGGCGGGCACGCUGAUGCACACCUGCAGCGGCGCGCUGACCAUUCACUUUGGCCGCGCCGCCGACGACGCUCCCCUGCUGCCGCCCCGCCCCGCCCCGCCCCAGCACGUCGUCCACGUCGAGCGCGAGCCCGUGUACGACAUGUUCCGUGCGAUUGGCCUCGACUACACGGGUGCCUUCGACGCCAUCACCCACACCCGGCGCUGCCUCGGCUACGCGGCUGCCACUGCCGUCUGGCCCACCGACUCGCCCCUGCGCUCCUACUCGCACUACCUCGUGCAUCCCGCCAUCCUGGACGUCGCCUUUCAGUCUCUGUUCGUUGCGCACGUCCAUCCCUCCACCAAGAAGCUCACCUCGGCUCUGCUGCCGUCGCACAUUGAUCGCGUCACCAUCAACGUCGGCGUGGGGCACGACGCCGACGCCACCGACGCCACCGACGCCACCCCCACUCCCAUCACGUGCAACUUCGACGCCUGGGUCGUCUCGUCCACGCCAACCAAACUGGACGGCGACGUCACCAUCUACGACGCCCCCUCAGACCGUCCCUUGGUUCAGGUGGAGGGCCUCUGCACCCGCUCAGCUGCUGGCGGCCAGAGCGCCUCCCUCGACAGAAACCUCUUCCUGAAGACGGUGCACCGUCACGAUGCCUCCCUCGGAGGCCUGCUGCUGCCCCCGCGCGACUCCCUCAGAGACGCCCGCACCCUGCGCGCCAAUGUGGCCGUGGAGCGCCUGGCCCUGUUCUACAUACAGCGCGCCCUGGAGGAGAUCAAGCCCGAGGAACGCCUUGCGCUGCAGCCGCGCCAGAAGCGGACCCUCGAAAUGUUUGAACAGCACGUCGAAGCGGUGCGCCAGGACGAAUGCCCGCUCCUCAGCAGCGAAUGGCUUGCCGACGACCAACACAGCGUCCUGGUCGCCGGCGUGGUGGACAAAGAGCAUCCUGAUCCGGACGCCCUCGAGCUGAAGCUAGUGCAUGCCGCUGGCGCCCAGCUUGCACAGAUCCUCCGCGGCCACACGCAAAUGCGCCAAGUCUCUUCUCCGUCGCAGGGAGGCGGCGCGCCGCUGAGCGUGGAGCAGUACUCACCGUCAGCCUCGCACGCCACCAAUCACGUGAUUGGUCAGCUGCUAAAGCAAAUCACCUUCAAAUUCCCGCGCUGCAACCUGCUGGAAUUGAGCACGGGCACGGGCAACACCGAUACCACACGAAGCAUUCUCGACGCAGUCGAUAACCUCUACGACUCGUUCACGUACGCCAAUGCCUCGUCGGACGCACUCCCUGUCGCCGCCGCCGCGCUGGGCGACCGGAAGAGGAUCCUGUACAAGACCCUGAACAUGGGCCAGGACCUGGAGGAGCAGGGCUUCAGCCCCAUCGGUUACCACAUCGUCAUCGCGGCCCACGCUCUGUCUGCCUACUCUGCCGACACAAGUAUAGAGGAGACGCUGCGAAAAGCCCGAUCUUUGCUGUGUCCCGGCGGCUAUCUAGUCUUGUCCGAGACCACUGGGACGCAUAACAUGGCUAGCAGCCUCUUGUCUGAUGGUGAGCCAACACCAUCGCCGGUCGAGUGGCAUAACCUGCUGCGCCUUUCCGGCUUCUCCGGUCUGGACACAAUCUUCCAUGAUCACGCAGACGAGACCAGCCACGUUCAUUCAUGCAUCGUGAGCCGGGCCGUCACCGAUGACUUCCUGCGUCUGGUCCGCCCCCUGUCCGUUGCACCCGAGCUCACCACGCAGCUGCUCAUCAUCGGUGGGCGCAGCCUGUACGGAAGCAGGCUGAUGGACGAGAUCAACCAACUCCUGCCACCCAUCUGGCAGCAGUCCGGACAAGUCAGGAUCGUCCCAAGCAUCGAUGCGCUGACCCUCAAUGGAGACGAGGGCGCUAUGGAUGUCCUGUGUUUGCACGACGUGGACGGGUCCUUGUUCACAAAGUUACCCUUUGCCGAAGCCAGACUGCAAAAGCUCCAGCACCUGCUCAUGUCAGCUAGAAACCUGGUGUGGGUGACUGACGCGGGCGUUUCGUCCAACUCGCGCGCGACCAUGAUCCGUGGCGUGGCCCGUGUCGUUCCGGUGGAAAUGCCGCACCUCACGAUGCAGGUGCUCGGGCUUGAGCUCGAGGCUGGCCGCGCAGAUGCUUCUUUGCACGCACGUCGCUGUGUCGAGGCCCUCUGGCGUCUACAACACGUGGCGGAGCUCAAGGGAAACCCCGACCACACCAACAUGCUGUGGACAAACGAGCCCGAAUAUGAGGUCUUGGCCCGCGGUACUGUCUUGAUACCGCGCAUGAUGCCAGACACGGACCUGGAUGAGCGACACAAUGCCAAAACACGAGCCAUUGUCAAGGCCGUUGACGCAACCAAUAUCGCUGUGCACGUCGCCAUUCCAGCUGGGUCCUCCAAGAUGGUGUUGCAGGCCAUGGAGCAGCCGUCUCUGUCCUCGUCGACCGUGAAUGGAGCGAACCAGGUCAAUGUCCGCGUCCAGUACACCACUCACAUCCCCUCGCGCUCCCGAGACGGACAAGGACUUUACCUGUUUUGUGGCCACGUGGUUCAACAGCAGCUCGGCCAGAAACACCAGGCGGUCAUGGGCCUUGGCCGCAGCAAUGCUUCGAGUUUGCUUUUGGAUCCGAAGACGCUGGCCUUUGUCGAUCCAUCGCUCUGUGCACCGUCAGCUCUGGAGGCCGCAGCCAACGAGUUGCUGCGACAUGCCCUUGUCAGUCACGCACAAUCACAUGUAGCAUCCAAGGCCGCUGCCAUCACGACAAUGCUCGUUCUCGAGCCUGAGCAGCACAUGACAGCAGAACUGAAAGAAGACCUUGCUCCGAUGGGAAUCCGCGUCUACUGCGCGUCUUACAGGAAUGAUGUUCCCGACGACUGGAUCCAAAUCCACGCAAACAUGUCGAAACGCAUGGCUAUGCUGCGUCUUCCAGCACAACACAUUGACUUGUUCGUUGAUUGCUCCCAGCAGGAAAGCCAGACGCAUGGCCAUGAGUCGCUGCAGGCCUGUCUGCCACCAGCUUGCAAGGUGUCGAGGUUCGACGCCGAGCUUCUGCAGGAAGCAUGGGACGACGACAGCAUCUCUGUGAAAACGGUGCUCGAGAAUGCAAGCCUGAAGCUCAAGCAUGUUCACGAGACGGCAGAGUCGCGCGGUGACUGCACCGUCAUAGCGGCGCCUGAUCUGGCUGGAGCGGAUUUCGACACGUACGUUCACAAGCGAUACACAACAGACUGGCGCCAGCAAACAGCGCUUCCUCUGACCGUGAAGCCCCUCGAUCACGAUUCACAUGGCUUGCUGCGGCCGGACCGCACCUAUCUCCUGGUGGGAGGUUCUGGGGGGCUGGGACUCUCUCUUUGUCAAUGGAUGCUUCGCCAGGGUGCCAGGCACAUCGCCGUCACCAGCCGCAACCCCAAGGUAGAUCCCGAACUACAGAGGGAAGCCGAUCGUGUUGGAGCGUCUGUACAGAUGUUGGCCAUGGAUGCCACGAAGCGCGACCAAGUCGUGACCGCUGUGAACAAGGUGCGCGAGACGAUGCCGCCCAUUGCUGGCGUGUGCAAUUUGUCCAUGGUACUUCAUGACAAGAUGUUCCUUGACAUGUCGGCCCGGCAACUCAAUGGCACGUUGGAGGCCAAAGUUCUUGGGACCGAGAUCCUCGACGACAUCUUUAGUAAUACAGAUGCAGAUGAAGGUGCAGCACACCCGCCACUAGAUUUCCUCAUCUUCACAUCGUCGACAGCGAGUACCGUCGGAAACAUCGGACAAGCCAACUAUCACGCCGCCAACUUAUUCAUGGCCGCAGUCGCCGAGCGACGCCGCUCACGGGGACUAGCUGCUUCGGUGAUUCACAUCGGCUGGGUGGCUGACACGGGCUACGUAACCCGCUCCGACAGAUAUCGCCUAUUAGAAGAACAUUUUCGCAGCAUGCGCUUCGUGCCCCUCUCCGAGACCGACGUGCAGGACGCUUUUGCUCAGGCAAUACGCGCAAGCAAGCCCCAACUUGGGUGCGAUGCCGGCAGCCAUGACAUUACCAUGGGACUCGAGCCACCCACAGAGCCUAUGCAAGCCAACCAAGAGAACAAGGCCAUCUGGGUGCAGAACCCACGACUGCUGUCUCUGUCACCCUACAGUGCCCUUUCCACCUCAUCGCAACAGCUCUCGGGGCGAGGAAUGUCCACCAGCAACGUAAGAGAGCAGGCGGACAAGGCGGACACGGAAGAGGCGGCCGUGGCCAUUGUGGCGCAGGCUUUUGCCGCAAAGCUCGAGACCAUGUUGCAGCUGCCGGCAGGCUCCGUACAAGCGGACCUCGAAAGGCCCAUCAUUGACCUGGGCAUAGACUCGCUCUUCGCCACGGAGAUUCGCACGUGGUUCCUCAAAGACCUCGAUGCGGACGUGGGCGUAGUCAGCAUCUUGGGCGGUGACACGGUUUUGCAGAUCUCCGCCCAAGUCGCCAAGAAGUGGUUGGCUGAGCGCGGCAGCAAGGAGGAUAAGGAGGCCAAGCAGGAUAAGGCGGUCAAGGAGGAUGAGGUCAAGAGUAAGGAGGUCAAGAAGGAUGAGGUCAAGAGUAAGGAGGUCAAGAAGGAUGACGAGGUCAAGGGUAAGGAGGUCAAGGGGCCUGUACAGCCAAUUCCUUCUCCUGCCCCUGAAGUCCUCGCUCCUACCCCCAUGGUUGCCGCGUUGACAGAGCAGCCUUCCGUGGCUGAUGCCUUCGUGGCAAAUGCUAGCGGCCUCAGAGGCCAUGCUCAAUCCGGCACGCCACCAUCCGGACUCAGCACACCAUUUACGGAUCCAACAAUAUCUGGGUCCAGGACACCAGUGUCCGCGGCUACAUCCAUGUCGGGAUCGGGGAUGCUAGAGCCUGACACUUCCACUACAAUGGUCCAGUCUGGCUCAAAGGACGACAACGAUGACCAGAAGAGCAAAGACGUGGAACCCUUCACACCACCCGUAAUCAUUCGGGAAGAGCCAAUGUCUGCCGCACAGUCUCGAAUCUGGUUUGCCUCUAAUCACCUCGAUAAUCCGGCAGCGUACAAUACCGCCUUCCAUUAUCGUGUGCAAGGUCAUAUCGGGACGGCCCGGCUGCGACGCGCGCUGCAACAGGUCGCUAACCACCACGAGUGCUUACGCACCUGCUUCUACGCUCGAGUGGAGGACGGCCAUCCCAUGCAGGGUGUCAUAGCGACAUCGGCGUUGGAACUUACAAUAGACCACGCAGAUGACGAGCAUACCGAUCUCAAAGAUUCUGAUAUCACUCUCCGGGACACCCUGUCGCGGUUCAAAACGCGCGUAUGGGACCUGCAGCAUGGACGCACUUUAGCCGUUGCUGUACUGGGUCGAUCUGCGACCGAGCACGAUAUUGUCAUUGGGUACCAUCAUAUUCUCAUGGAUGGUUGGAGCCUGGCUCUAUUCCUCCGCGACCUGGACAAGGCAUACCGCCUGCAGCCACUUGGCACACUCGAUCGAUUCUCUUAUAUCGACUAUUCACUACACCAACUGGCCGAGGAGAAGACAGACCUACUGGACAGUGACAUGGAGUUUUGGCGUGCUGAAUUCGCUACUCUCCCCGACACUCUCCCCUUGCUUCCUAUGGCUCGCGGACUUGAUCGUUCAACCCUCAAUCAACAAGGCAGCGGCAGCCAUUACGCGGAUCUUGAGCUUAAUGAGGCACAACUGGCGGCGCAAAAGGAUCUUUGCCAGCGGCUGCGAAUUAGUCCCUUCCAUCUAUACCUUGCCCUUUUCCAGGUUCUACUAGCCCGUCUGACGGACACCGAGGAUCUGUGUUUGGGUGUUGUCGAUGCCAACCGCAGGGACGAGCGAUUCUGGGAUACGGUAGGCUGCUUCGUCAACCUGCUGCCCCUACGCUCCAGCAUACCCAUGACGGCGACCUUUGCAGAAGUCGCGACCGGUGCGUCACGUAAGGCAAUGGAAGCCUUCUCCCACGGCACGGUGCCUUUUGACCGUAUACUCGACCAGACACGAGCGCCCCGGGCGUCGGGCACCAACCCGCUGUUCCAGGCCGCCAUCAACUAUCGUGCGGCAGUGAAAGGGAUGGACAUGUGGAAUCUACCGUUAGGCGACGAUUGCCGUAUGCAGCUAUCAACCAAGGAAGCCAAGGAAGCUGACAACCCGUACGAUAUCAGCUUAGGCUUUAUCGAAACCCAGACUGGCUGCCUGGUGCAGAUGUGGUGCCUGGCUGAUCUGUACAGCCAAGAAGCAUGUCACACAAUGCUCCUUACGUACCUCAAUCUGCUUGAGGUAGCGGCUCGCGACCCGCACGCGAUGGUGGCCGACAUGGACCUGCAUGAUGCUGCCAGCGUGAAUCACGCCCUUCAAGUGGGUACUGGUCCUGAAGCGGAUUUCGGCUGGCCGGAGACACUGUCGCAGCGCAUUGAAGAAAUCUGCAUCUUACACCCGACCAAGACAGCCAUCACAGACGCAUCGGGAGAAAAGCUCCUGUACGCCCAGCUAGCGGCCAGGAUUGACCGUGCAGCCCACCAGAUCAUAGAUGCGGGAGGCGUUUCUGGAGAUCGAUUUGCUGUCCUGUGUGAGCCAUCAACGGAUGCUAUCGUUGCGAUGCUCGCUAUUCUCCGCAUGGGAGGUGUAUAUGUCCCACUAGACAUCAGUCUGCCAGCCUUUCGACACGCAGACAUGGUCCGCGAGUGUGAGCCCAAACUUCUGCUCUGCCAUGCGCAGACAGCAGAUGACGCGCGAGAGUUGUUGAAGCCUUUCGAUCAUGUGCGAGUUGUCCGGAUGCAGUCUGAUGCCGAUGGCAUUGACGGCGGUGAUGGAGCAGUAUCCCCGUCCAUGACCACCCCAAUCCACCCACACGCACCCGCCGUCUUGCUCUUCACGAGUGGCUCGACAGGUAGACCCAAGGGUAUCUUCCUGACGCAGACCAACUUCAUCAACCACAUCGCGCUCAAAACACAUGAAAUGCGACUGCAGCAGGAAUGCGUGUUGCAGCAGAGCUCACUGGGCUUCGACAUGUCUCUCGUCCAGAUAUUCUCGGCGCUUGCUAACGGUGGCCAUCUCGUCAUUGCCGGGAGAAACAUCAGGCGCGAUCCCGUAGAGCUGGUCAAUCUGAUAUCCCGCCAGGGCGUCUCCAUGACCAUCGCCACGCCGACGGAGUAUCUCGCCUGGACUAGCUCGGCAGGCGAGGUGUUGCGGACUAACAAAUCAUGGCGUUUUGCAUUUUCGGGUGGCGAACCAAUUCCUCGGCAGCUGAAGACUGAGCUGCGCCGCCUCAGCCUGCCUGACCUGAGCCUGACAAAUUGUUACGGGCCAACAGAGAUUACGGCAGCAGCCACCUUCCAGUGUAUCUCUCUGGACGAUGAGGUUGAUACCUCUUGUCUCGCUUCCGGAGAAUCGGGAAACUGGGCCCAGUAUGCUGUUGGAAAGGCACUGCCCAACUACUCAAUCCGCGUGGUCGAUGCGGCGGGGCAUCCCCUGCCAUCUGGGCACAUUGGAGAGAUAUGUAUCGGCGGAGCAGGUGUUGCCCUCGGCUAUCUCAACCAGUCUGAGCAGACCAAGGCCAAGUUCGUUACGGAUGUCACCAAGAUCAAGAGUAGCCGCAGUAUCAUGUACCGGACCGGCGACAAAGGGCGACUUCUUUCAGACGGCACACUCUUGUGCCUGGGGCGGUUGGAUGGUGACACGCAAAUCAAACUGCGCGGGCUGCGGAUCGAGUUGCAGGAGAUUGAAUCGGCUCUGCUGCAGGCCUCUGAGGGGGCCUUGGCUUCUGCGAUUGUCUCUCUCCGCGACAACGUGCUCAUCGCCCAUGCCACGCUCACCACUCCCAACCCCAAUCCCGAGGUGGAAGGACUCCAACAGAUCCUGUCUCGCGUCAAGCUGCCACAGGCUUUCAUCCCAGCCACGAUCUGCAUCCUACCUGCAAUGCCGACGACAGCCAAUGGCAAACUGGACCGUAAAGCCGUCGCUCGCCUCCCGUUAGCAGUGACGGAGAAGAGCGAUACUGCAAGAUCCAAGAUGGGUACGGAGAAGAUGACGGUCCGCGAGGGUGAGGUUCGUUUGUUGUGGGAGCGCGUGCUUCCCACACUUGGUAACACGCGCUUUGGUCCUUCAUCUGACUUCUUCCUGUGCGGCGGCAACUCGCUACUUCUCAUGAAGCUCCAGAAAGCAAUCAUAGAAACCACUGGAUUACAUGUUACUACAAGGCAGUUGUACGAGGAUAGCACUCUACGUGCCAUGACUCGUUGCAUCUUCGACCAACGUGCCGGCACCAACUCCGUCUUGCAGGACGACGCCCCGAUCGACUGGGACGUGGAGACGUCAUUGCCGGACUGGCUACGAGACCAGGCGCAGCAGCUCGCCGAAGCACAGUCGUUCCAGGCUGCAAAUGAUACCACCGGUGGCAUUGAAGUCCUCCUCACUGGUGCAGCCAGUUUCCUGGGCGGACACCUCUUGAAAUCCCUGCUGCAGGCUCCAAACGUAAGAAUGGUGCACUGCAUCGCCAUUGGUAUUGACGACAAGGACAAGCUUCCCCAGGAUGACAGCAGAGUCGCGUGCUACAGUGGCAGCCUACUCUCACCCACCUUGGGUCUCACGGCCCAGGAGCGCAAGAGCCUCGAGCAGACGGUACACGUCAUCGUACACGCAGGUGCCAACGGCCACUGCCUCAAUCGCUUCGCCUCACUACGCACCCCGAACCUACAGUCCCUACAUUUCCUGGCCUCUCUGGCGCUUCCGCGUGCCAUCCCGUUGAUGUUCCUCUCUAGCAGCCGCGCCGUGCUUCUCUCGGGCAACACGGCUAUCAAGCCAGGAUCUCUGAGAGCUACUCCUCCUGCCGCAGAUGGCAAAGAUGGCUACACUGCGAGCAAGUGGGCCGGCGAGGUCUUCCUGGAGAACUUGGUUGCUUACCUAAAUGGCGAUGGGCAGGAUGCAGGGACAACUAAGCCCGUCUCCCGGCGUCCGCUCAGAGUGGCCGUGCACCGAGCCUGCACACUGGUCAGUGACCAGGCUCCCAACUCGGAUGCCAUGAACGGCGUCUUACGCUACUCGCUGGCCAUGCGCUGCGCGCCGCGCCUGAAACGCGCCGAGGGCUACUUGGAUUUCGGGCCCCUGGACACCAUCAUCGGUGAAAUCACAGCAGCAGCCCUGCAGCUAGCGGCGCCAACCCCAGGCCCGACAUCUUCCGCGCACGAAGACGCUGCUCGUCGCUCCGAAGUCCUCUUCCGCCAUCACUCCGGCGGCAUCAAGUCGCCCAUGGCAGAGUUCAGAGCCCACCUCGAGAGAGUGUACGGUGGCAGUUUCGACGAGCUCGACAUGCACGAAUGGAUCGUUCGCGCUGGCAACGAGGGUCUGGAUCCCCUCAUCGUCGCCUACAUCGAGGCUUUGCUUGAGACUGGCUUACCCAUGGUUUCGCCGUAUAUGGGCGAGACGUAG